AUGAACUCAAGAUGUUGUUCUGAUAUCCAAAAAGAAGAUUUGAAACCAAUAAAGACAUGCAGCCAACACAACAAAGGCAAUAUGUCCUAUAGAAGAGGUAGAGGUGAGCGAGGCCAAGUGAAUUUUGAUCCACGAGUGGUACAAGCCAAUAUAUAUUUGUAUUCACUGCCUUAUGAAGGAUUUAGAGGUUAUAAGAUCACUCCUGAUAAUCACCGGAAAAAACAGAGCAAUCUAUCUCCUGCAAAACUGAGAUCCAGGCAGAAUAAACGUGCUCUGACAAAUUAUUUUCCAGAUUCAAGUUUGUUUAGUCAAAAUGACAUUGCGAGGGACACCACAACAUUUGGGCGCAAGGAAGAACCAAAUUUGUCACUUUCGAAAAAAACUUUCAUGGAAGCCCAUGAAUCCAUAAUAAUUAUUGGCAAAAGAGGACACAGCUCAGAUCUGAAUUGUGGGGGAAAGGUCUCCAGUCUUAGAACUUCACAAUGCGGGAGAUGUUCUUGGGUCAAGUCUGGAUUCCAUUCAGAGAUUACUUCUUUUGUCAUGCAAACUCAGUUACCAUUACUCAACAAGUUGCUCAAAUCAAAUGAAGAACCUUCCGUAUAUCCUGUGUGUCAAUCUAGUGUGGACUUGCUGUGUAAUUUAGACUCUUCCUCUUCUACUGACACAGAAGACUCAGAGUUGCAGGUAUCCCACUUUUCUGCUGAUCUCCAAUACUCAAUACCAAGGGUAAAUCACAUUUCUACUAAACGUAAUGAGCUAACUCAUCUUCCAAAAUCUAAAAAUAUAGACGAUCCACAAUGUGUUCAGUCCUCUUCAUGUGUCCAGAAUCCAGGUUUCAUGAGGACAAAUGAAAAUGAAAUUACUGUGAAUAAACCAUUGGCGAUCAAUGUCUACUCAACUUCAUUGUCAAGCUCAAAAGUUUCAUCUUUAUAUGAUCACAACCUUGGAGCAACUAUUUACAACAUGAGGUCUCUGGACCUUACAGACACAGAGAAUAUAUCCUGCUCUCCAUGCACUGGAGAAGAAAAAGAUGCAAGCAUGGCCUUCAAUAAACCAUGCACAAAUGGUGAAAAGACAAACUUUGGUACUUUCAAAUCUUGUGAUACACUAAUAGAACGUUUUACCUUUCCAAGAAAACUAAGAGAUGAUCAAAAGUCACUAGAGGGAGUGACCAACAGUCAGUGCUGUUGGAAUACCCCCAUCUCCAAUUUACCUGACACUAGGCCUUUAGAACGUGAAGAGCACUUAACUGAGAUAGCUGACACAUUAGAAAUGUAUGGACAAGUUUCAAGAGGAAUACAUUCAGUUACAUUACCCAUGGAUGGAUUCAAAAAGUAUCCCAGUGAGGUACGGUCAGUUUAAAUAAAUACAGAGGUGUUUUGUUUUUGUUUUCUGAAAAAACUUGAUUAUUAUUUUGGUGCAAGACAGGGCUGAGUGAACAGAUCUUUUACAAUUAAGAUUAAUUAUUAUUGUGAAUCUAUUUGUAACAAUGUUAAUAUUUUUCUCCUUGUUUUAUUUAUAUGUUAUUUUAGAUUUGCACAUGUGCAUCACCUUGGAAUACAGCAAAUGAAAGGUAAUCGUAGAAUCCAGGUGUAGAUAUCAUGGAACUCAACAGGGAUGGAAUCGGUUGUAGAUAUUUUGGAUCCUGAAUCAGAUGGGGUUAAUUGGGUGAAGAUGUGUUGUAACGAUACAGGGAUAGGGUUGAUUUGAGUGUAGUUGUAUCAGAGGGAUGAGGUGGAUUGGAUGAACCUUUGUUGUAUUGUAACAGGUAUGUAGUUGAUUGAGUAUAAUGUGUUAUAUCACAGCAGUGACAGGGUUGAUUGGAUAGAAAUGUGUUGGAUCUUGACAGGUAUGAGGUGAGUUGGGUGUGGAAAAUUUUAUCUAAUGACUAUAUAAAUUAUAAACAAAAUUAUUUCAGUAAAUGAAUGGAAAUAGAGACAUUUCAUAGAGUCUAACAAUAUCAAAACAAGGAUUAGUCUGUAAUUCGGGGCCAAUAAGAAUUGUAUUAAAGAUCAUUUUAUUUUUUAGAGCAUUUUUCCUGAAAUCAGCCUCACCAGGUUUACUAUACUUAUUAUAGGUAUCUGAUCUCCCCAGAGAAGUUGCUCCUCUCUUGUUUUUUUCGAGCCUGGAAUAGGCUACUCCGGGAAAAAUUGGAGGCUGCCAAAAAAUUGCACAAACAGCAUUUACUACAGAAAGGCUUGCGGGCUCUGGCUUGGGCUGUAAUUCUGAAGAAUACAGAUAAAAUGUGGCCAAUUAAAUCCUGCUGGGAUUCUAAUGAUAAUGUAAGUACAGGAAUACAGUUACAGCUAGAGGGGUAGACAAUGCCAAAAUUAGCUAAUGACUUAAUGGAAGGUGGGUACAAAUCUAGGGAGGAACUCUACAAAUGCUAGAUCAAUUUCAACUUGAAAUUUCACUAUUUAGGAAUGGAUAUUCCGUGUAUAAUGUCUAAAGCCAUGGGCGGAUAUGAAUUGAAUAAGGAACAGAUUUGAAUUCUGACUUAAUAUCCUUAGUUAGGGUCAGUUUUGAAGGUACGUAGGGUAAUCCAGCCAUGAGUAAAGUGAUCUGAUAUGUAGAGUGAAGGUCUACUUACCGGCCAUUGCCAUUUGCUAUUCUGACGCAACUGAAUGAAACUGGAUUUGGGCCACUCAGUUUAUAUAAAUUGGUCUGGUUAGUCUACACACUGGUUGUAGGCACUAUAAUCACUAUGCUAAAAAAUAAACAAUCACAAGCGUUAAAAAAAUAAAGCCAUCGGGGGGCAGAGUUUGACCACCGAGCCGUGCAGACGCACCUGCCAAGAGCUUCGACCCGGCGGGCGGAAUCCGGGGCGAAAGUGGCGACUACCAAGCCCACAAUCAUCAGAGGGUGUGCCACCCACGUCGGGGGUGCCCCGCUGAGCAUAACGACACCACCCCGGUGCCUGCCAACCCCGGGAACGCUGAGAUCCAAAUGCGGCCUACUGGGGCUGAAGCAGAGGGGAGACGGCCGCUCUCCUCUGUGCCAGAGCCCACAAGCGAUCUUACCUCAGCUUACCCUCCCCCCACCCCCUGGACUGGUGGGGGACAUCCUGGUCCCCUCUGGACGCAAGGACCAGCAUAGAACACGAGCAUAUCAGCCACAAGAAAUGGAGGGGCAACAGACCCACGAGGUACAGCCAAUAUGGCCGCCCGACCUAAGCGGAGAAAGCGGAGCACCUGCCCCAAGGCGCGCACGUCCCCUAUGGAAAUAUUUGACAUGAUCUGCGCUGGCCUCAGGGCAGCACUGCAAAGUCGAGGGGCGACUCACCACCAAGCUGAUCUAAUGGUGGCCUCCUGAAAACAACCAGCAGCGCGACGCAGGUACUACAAGCAGGUACCCCGAGCAUCCAAGAUGGCCGUCAGGCAAAAUAGAUUCUGGAGAGCCUCGUGGCGGGACUCUGAACCAGGCCUCUCGGACACACGCACCCACCCGCACACAAGCAAUACUGGGACCUCAAAACCAGCGACGCACACAAAUAAAGUGCCUGACCUUAGACCCGGCUACCAGUGCAGCACCAGGCACCUCUUCCCAACCACUGCUGCAACACAAGCGACUGCGAUAUUGCACACCAAGAAAAGACACACUGAAACUGACCCCCGAAGCAGAGAUACAGGGCGCCGCGACUGCAAUGAAGGGACUAAUAGCAACAGCACAAGGGUUCUGCCAGCGCUGA